CAGCGGCGAGCGCAAAAUGGAGGCGCUGAUCCUGGAGCCGUCCCUCUACACCGUCAAAGCCGUCAUCAUCCUGGACAAUGAUGGCGACCGGCUCUUCGCCAAGUACUACGACGACACGUACCCCAGCGCCAAGGAGCAGAAAGCCUUCGAGAAGAACAUCUUCAACAAGACCCACCGCACCGACAGCGAGAUCGCGCUGCUUGAGGGGCUGACCGUUGUCUACAAGAGCAGCAUCGACCUCUACUUCUAUGUCAUCGGCAGCUCCCACGAGAACGAGCUGAUGCUCACGGCCGUCCUCAACUGCCUCUUCGACUCGCUCAGCCAGAUGCUGCGGAAGAACGUGGAGAAGCGGGCGCUGCUGGAGAACAUGGAGGGGCUCUUCCUGGCUGUGGAUGAGAUCGUGGACGGUGGCGUUGUCCUGGAGAGUGACCCCCAGCAAGUGGUGCAUCGCGUGGCCGUGCGGGGCGAGGACGUGCCCCUCACAGAGCAGACGGUCUCACAGGUGCUGCAGUCGGCGAAGGAGCAGAUCAAGUGGUCGCUGCUGCGUUAGCACGGUCCGUGUCCCCCCCGCGGCCCCCCCAACA